CGCCUCAUCAUCAAAUGCUUUCUUAUCCGGCAACUCGCGCCUGUUCACUUCCGGCAUUCACUGGUGCUGCACAAACGAUGAACUGGUCGACGACAACAAGUCCAAUGGCUCGAGCCUUCCUGAAUCUUCACUGUCUUCCGUUAAAUUUCCGGUGGAGACAACCCCCGAACGAAGGAUGUGUAGUGUUGAGACCGCUGUCUCCGGGUCGCCGGGCUCGGCGACUCGUCUGCAUGGCGGAGCCUUACCUCAUCACGAAGCUGGAGUCUGCUGAGAAGACAUGGAAAGAGUUAUCGGUGAAACUAGCUGACCCGGACGUGGUUUCCAAUCCGACUGAAUACCAAAGGCUGGCACAGUCCAUGGCCGAGCUUGACGAGGUUGUGACAACCUUCAGAAGAUUCAAGGAUUGCGAGAAACAAUUAGAAGAAACUAAAGCUUUGGCGAGCGAAGAUGGAGAUGACCAAGACAUGGCUGAAAUGAUAGCAAAUGAAAUUAAUUCGUUAUCGGCAGAAAUUCAGGGGCUCGAAAAGAAACUUAAGUUGAUGCUACUUCCUAGCAAUCCUCUAGACGCCAGAAACAUUUUACUUGAAGUGAGGGCAGGAACUGGGGGUGAUGAAGCUGGAAUUUGGACUGGUGAUCUUGUGCGGAUGUAUCAGAAGUACAGUGAGCGCAACUCUUGGGCGUUUUCUCUAGUUUCAUGCUCAGAGGCUGAAAGAGGGGGUUACAAGACCUAUGUGAUGGAGAUCAAAGGAACCCGUGUUUACAGCAAGUUAAAAUAUGAAUCUGGUGUUCAUCGUGUCCAGCGUGUUCCGCAGACAGAAACACAGGGACGUGUACACACCUCAACCGCAACUGUAGCCAUCAUGCCCGAGGCUGAUGAAGUCGAGGUGGAGAUUGAUCCAAAGGACAUUGAACUUACAACGGCAAGGUCUGGUGGUGCUGGAGGGCAAAACGUCAACAAGGUCGAGACAGCAGUUGAUCUUUUCCACAAGCCAUCAGGAAUUCGCAUUUUCUGUACAGAAGAAAGGACCCAACUUCGAAACAAAGCCCGUGCUUUCCAGCUAUUGAGAGCAAAACUGUAUGAAAUGAAAGUACGGGAACAACAGGAGCAGAUAAGGAGUCAGAGAAAAUUACAGGUCGGGACUGGCGCUCGUUCAGAAAAGAUAAGAACGUACAAUUACAAGGACAACAGGGUGACUGACCACAGGCUAAAGAUGAAUUUCGAGCUCACAUCAUUUCUUGAAGGUGACAUAGACAAUGCUGUUCAGGCUUGCUCUUCUAUGGAACAACAAGAACUCAUGGAAGAACUCGCUCAGUCCGUUGCCUAAUAUCCCUUUUACUUCAAAUCAUUUUUUGUUAAAUCAAGAACUUAAUCCCUUGCCGUUGAAUUGGUUUAUUAAGAUUCUUAUUCUGUGAAUAAAUUGAUGUCCUCACUGCAUGUAA